CAGUGUGAGUACAUAAAUGUUGAUUCUUUCCGUACUUAUAUUCAUACGUAUUUGCAUUGACGACUCGUACCAUUUUGAAGACGGACUACAUGAGGGCAGACGCAGACGACUUUACGGUUGCCAGGCACUUCGAGGCCUACUUACUGUGGUUGUUCGGCUGGGUCAUGUUCUGCAGCUCGCAGGGUGACUCGUGCCCCAAACAGCUCAUUCCUUUGGCGAGGUCGAUAGCUGAUACUCCACUUCACGAGAUGCCACAGUUCAGCUGGGGUUCUGCCGUUUUGGCUGCGAGUUACAGGGGUCUUUGCACGGGCGUGACGAAGGUCUCAGCAGAGGAGCCCAUUUUUGUUGGGUGUCCUCUAUUGUUACAGCUAUGGUCGUACGAGCGCUUUCCCAUCGGUAGGCCAGAGAUGGACUUCGAGCCGUACGUCCAGCUGUCCGCAGACCACGACGACGUCGACAAACCUACGAUGGGUUCGUUGUGGUGCCUCAGGAGGCCUUCUUGGGUCGACGUGCAGACGAGGAAGUCGUACCACGACUUCGUGGGACAGUUUGACGCUCUUGUGGACACGGACGUGAGGUGGACUCCGUACACUGCAGCCGACAUUUGCGCCCGGGCACCGAGCGGUCUUUCGUCCUUAUGCCUACGAGAUCACGAGUACUGGAUGACAAGGAAGCCGAUCCUUUACGACAUCCACGUCGAGGAGUACCACGUUCACCGGGUUAUGAGGUGGACACGUCAGGGCCAUCCACCAGGCUCGCGGUGGGCCGACAAGGUCCGUCCUUACGUCGACUCUUGGGCCGCGGCCCUCGACGACGUCGUUUUCGAGGAUCGGCCGCACAACAACGAGGUGUUCGCGGACUAUCUACGGUGGUACCUGCCGAGGACGCGCACACGUGUCGUGCACGUUCCACCAGAGGCUCGGAUCGAGGCCGCAAGGGUGUCCGAGACGUACCCCGUAGUUCGAGACCAGAACUUCGCCAUAGCGUUUGGGGCCGGUGCCUGUGCCCGGUCCAUCGUCACGACGGUCUGCACCCGCGGCACAGUCAGGUCCACCGCCACCGCCACCUGA